AUGUGGCAGGAGGCGAUGAGGCGGCGGCGGCGGUACCUGCUGGAGCGGGCGGGGGUGGUCGGCGGGGCCGGGGGCUGCGGGGGCUGCGGGGGCUGCGGGGGCUGCGGGGGCUGCGGGGUGGUGGGCCAGCCCAAGUCCCGGGACUGGCUCUACGAGUCCUACUACUGCAUGAGCCAGCAGCACCCGCUCAUCGUCUUCCUGCUGCUCAUCAUCAUGGGCGCCUGCCUCGCCUUCCUCUCCGUCUUCUUCGCCCUGGGGCUGGAUAUUGAAGACCAUGUGGCGUUUUUAAUAACAGUUCCAACAGCCCUUGCAAUUUUCUUUGCGAUAUUUAUCCUCGUCUGCAUCGAGUCCGUGUUUAAGAAGCUACUUCGCGUUUUCUCUUUGGUCAUCUGGGUGUGUCUCGUUGCCAUGGGAUAUUUGUUCAUGUGUUUUGGAGGCACCAUCUCACCUUGGGACCAGGUGUCAUUUUUUUUAUUCAUUAUUUUUGUGGUGUACACCAUGCUGCCCCUCGACAUGCGCGAUGCUAUCGUUGCCAGCGUCCUGACCUCUUCAUCCCACACCAUCGUGCUGAGCAUCUGUCUGUCAGCUACUGCCGGGGGAAAGGAGCAUUUGAUUUGGCAGAUCCUGGCAAACGUCAUCAUUUUUAUCUGCGGAAACCUGGCAGGUGCAUACCACAAGCACCUUAUGGAACUUGCUCUUCAGCAGACGUACCAGGACACCUGCAAUUGUAUCAAGUCCCGCAUCAAGCUGGAAUUUGAGAAACGUCAGCAGGAACGGCUUCUGCUUUCUCUGCUGCCUGCUCAUAUCGCCAUGGAAAUGAAAGCCGAGAUCAUUCAGAGGUUGCAAGGACCCAAGGCAGGACAGCUGGAAAAUACGAACAACUUUCACAAUCUAUAUGUCAAGCGGCACACCAAUGUGAGCAUUCUAUAUGCAGACAUUGUGGGAUUCACUCGGCUGGCGAGUGACUGUUCCCCCGGAGAAUUAGUACACAUGCUGAAUGAACUUUUCGGGAAGUUUGAUCAAAUUGCAAAGGAGAACGAAUGUAUGAGAAUCAAAAUCUUGGGAGACUGCUACUACUGUGUGUCUGGACUCCCCAUAUCUCUUCCAAACCACGCCAAGAAUUGUGUGAAAAUGGGACUGGAUAUGUGCGAAGCCAUAAAGAAAGUACGAGAUGCAACUGGAGUUGAUAUCAACAUGCGGGUAGGGGUGCAUUCUGGCAAUGUCCUCUGUGGUGUGAUUGGCCUGCAGAAAUGGCAGUACGACGUCUGGUCACAUGAUGUUACUUUGGCCAACCAUAUGGAAGCUGGAGGAGUACCAGGGCGUGUUCACAUCACAUCUGUCACCUUGGAGCACUUGAAUGGGGCUUAUAAGGUGGAAGAAGGGGAUGGAGACAUACGGGACCCAUAUUUGAAGGAGCAUUAUGUUAAAACCUACUUUGUGAUCAAUCCUAAGGGAGAAAGGCGAAGUCCUCAACACCUCUUUAGACCCCGGCACACAUUAGACGGAGCCAAGAUGAGGGCUUCGGUCCGCAUGACCCGGUAUUUGGAGUCAUGGGGAGCAGCCAAGCCUUUUGCUCACCUUCAUCACAGGGACAGCAUGACUACAGAAAAUGGCAAGAUUAGCACCACAGAUGUGCCAAUGGGUCAACAUCAUUUUCAACAUCGCACGAUAAGAACUAAAUCCCAGAAGAAAAGAUUUGAAGAGGAACUGAACGAGAGGAUGAUUCAGGCCAUCGAUGGAAUCAAUGCUCAAAAGCAGUGGCUCAAGUCCGAAGACAUUCAAAGAAUCUCAUUGCUUUUCUAUAACAAAACCCUAGAAAAAGAGUACAGAGCAACUACUCUACCAGCAUUCAAGUAUUAUGUGACUUGCGCUUGUCUCAUAUUCUUCUGCAUCUUUAUUGUGCAGAUAUUAGUAUUACCAAAAACAUCGAUCCUUGGGAUUUCCUUCGGAGUCGCGUUCCUCUUGCUUUCCUUCAUCCUUUUCAUCUGUUUCGCGGGACAACUCCUGCAAUGCAGCAAAAAGGCUCCUGGUUCACUGUUAUGGAUUUUGAAAUCUUCUGGAAUCAUCUCAAACCGGCCCUGGCCAAGGAUAACUCUGACUGUGACAACCACCACCAUAAUACUGAUGAUGGCCAUUUUAAACAUGUUUUUCUUGGAUGAGGCAAUGCUAACUAUCUCACCCAGUUUGAAUACGUCGAACUCAAGCUUUCCUGACAUAAACGAUGAAGCAACUCUGUAUAUACAAAGCUAUUUUUUCCUACCUUACUUCAUAUAUAGCUGCAUCCUGGGACUGAUAUCCUGUUCUGUUUUCCUGCGGAUAAACUAUGAAUUGAAAAUGGUGAUAAUGCUGAUUGCAUUGGUGGCUUACAAUAUUAUCCUCCUACACACUCAUGCUUCCAUACUGGAUGAGUACAGCAAGGUUCUGUACGAAAGACCAGGCAUUUGGAAAGACCUAAAGACAAUGGGUUCUGUGUCUCUAUUCAUAUUUUUCAUCACAUUGCUGGUUCUGGGUAGACAGAAUGAAUAUUACUGUAGGUUAGACUUCCUGUGGAAGAACAAAUUCAAAAAAGAACGGGAGGAAAUUGAAACCAUGGAGAACCUGAAUCGAGUGCUGCUGGAAAACGUACUUCCUGCCCAUGUGGCUGAACACUUCUUGGCCAGGAACUUGAAGAAUGAGGACUUGUAUCACCAAUCAUAUGACUGCGUCUGCGUCAUGUUUGCCUCCAUUCCGGAUUUCAAAGAGUUCUAUACCGAAUCAGAUGUAAACAAAGAAGGUUUGGAGUGUCUUAGGCUCCUGAAUGAGAUCAUCGCUGACUUUGAUGACUUGUUGUCUAAACCGAAAUUUAGUGGAGUUGAAAAGAUCAAGACUAUUGGGAGCACGUAUAUGGCGGCUACGGGGCUGAGUGCCACACCCAGUCAAGAACACACUCAGGAGCCGGAUCGCCAGUACAUGCACAUAGGCACAAUGGUGGAGUUUGCCUUCGCCCUCGUGGCAAAGUUGGAUGUAAUCAACAAGCACUCCUUCAAUGACUUCAAGUUACGAGUGGGUAUUAACCAUGGGCCUGUUAUAGCAGGUGUGAUUGGAGCUCAGAAACCUCAGUACGAUAUCUGGGGCAACACGGUUAAUGUCGCCAGUAGGAUGGACAGCACUGGCGUCUUGGACAAGAUACAGGUCACAGAAGAGACAAAUAUUGUCUUACAGACCCUAGGAUACGUGUGUACCUGUAGAGGAAUAAUCAAUGUGAAAGGCAAGGGGGAACUGAAGACGUAUUUUGUACAUACCGAAAUGACCAGGUCCCUUUCCCAGGGGAACGUGACAUCCUGAAGAAUAUUUUUAAGUUGGGCAACGAUACCGUAUUUUUCAGGAAAGUAUCACGCACUUUCUGACUAGGUUUCUGCCCCCCGCCGUGAAUGUGCGUGUUAUUUCCCGCCGUGUGAAACUUUGGCAGAAUAGUCCCCAUGGCCCAGCCACAAGCAACACCGCACUUUUCUGAAAUGUUGGGCUGUUUGUGGGCCGUCUGCCAUGGGGUGGGAAGAAUCUAUUGCCACUUGCACUGUGUUUACUCCAAGUGGAGGAAAGACUGGAAAAGAGAGAACGAAUAAGCGACGCAAGAGAAGAGUGAAAGGACUGACAACGCUGUUAGAGGUAAACAAAACCAUUCUUAAGGCAAUAAAACCCAGGGGGUGUAUAAUAUUUUCUGGUGCAUGUUAUUUUCUGGAAAAUACGGUAGCUCCCCAAUGGCAUCUGCUAGCCUGAUAUUGAAAUACACAGUAUUUGUAAAUAAGUUUACUCUGUCCCUUCAUGCGCAGUUUGGAUAUGUUCGACGUUACGUCUCCUAGCCAGUGGCGGUUUGCCAGCCCUCCGUGGCAUUCCGAUGCCGGGGCCACGUGGCGGGCCACCGAUCGUGUCUCAUAGCCCGUGACACAUUACCAUUUACUCUCCGAAAUAGUCCUCACAACACAGGACCAGUUUUGUACAAAACGUGUCAAAUGUUUUGAUGCCAUUGUCUUUUGUAAGGUUAAUUAAUUCAUUAAAAGUUUAUAUGUACUUUG